AUGCUACUAGUGUCGGAGGUCAUGCCACCUGUGGCCGAGGUCGUGCCUCUCAUCAGCAUCUAUUACACCACAGCGAUGUUCAUGGUUGGGCUAUCGCUUGCAAGCACGUGCGUUGUCCUUCGAUGUUAUUAUCGACAAGCUCAUCGUACAGCCAUGCCUCUCUGGCUCCGGUAUCUGAUAUUCGACAUUCUAUUCCGACUGACUGGGAAACUGCCAUCCCUCUCCCCCACGGACACCACGCCCACAAACCUAGGAACCCACGAACAGUCCCGUAGCAAGGUUGUCCAUGGUGAUAGUAAUAAACCGAAAGUGGGCUCACAAUACAAUGUGGCAUGCAUCGACCACAAGGCAGGGUACCCGCACCUCAGUACUUCCUCUCAUUGCCAGAACUGCAAGAUGGCUCAACACCAUCUAUCUGACAGAAGUGUUAUCUACCGUGGUGAAACACUUAGAACCAGCCCCAUGGAAAAGGAUGUUCAAAGAAUUGCAGAGAUCCUUAAAGAAAGAGAUAACAUCGACAGCAAACUAGAGGAUUGGAAGAAGGCCGCUGUUAUCUUAGAUAAAUUCUUCUUGUGGGUGUUUCUUAUUGUUUUCGUGGCAGCUACUCUAGCAGUGUUCUUGGCUGCUCCAAUCAACAGAUAUUACUAA